AAGCGUGUCCGGAGAGCGGCGGUGCUCAACGGGGGAGGGAAUCCCUCCAGUACGUCGCGCUUCCUUUACCAAGGAAACCCACACUGUGCUCUUUCUGACGCAAAUGCCCAUUUUAGGAGACAUGCGUCAAUGGACCGACUCAAGUGCGACAAGCAAGCGAGGACCACACGCCUGUUCCUGACGUCCAAACCGGCACAGAAAUCUCUUCGUACGUAUCUCCGAAAGACUAUUUGGGUUUCAUCAACGCUAUUUUUCUUCCGCCAGUAUCCACCGGAGGAAGUACUCAACACGGCUGUGUAUUUCGCCACUUUAUGGAAAAGAGCCCCCCCUCCCUUUCGGCUCAAGUCGCAACGCCCAUAAGCGUGACGUGUGUUCUUUCGUCGGUGUUGAAAAGCAGUUGCACUUCUCGACAGUGCCAUUGAAGUGAGUCAUCUCUAGGAAGUGUGGUAACAAAAAAAAUAGUAAAGAAAAGCGGAGAGGGGGAAAAAAACUAACAUCGAAGUGCUCCGCGAAGGCCACAGAUCGCGCGUAAUCGGCAAGACAGUGGAAAUUAUAUCGACCGGCGAAAAAUCCGACUUUAAAGUGAGUGUUAACCUGCGUGGAUCUUAACUUUAAGUUCAAGUUCGCGCACCUUGCACCUCUUCAAUAACAAACGGACAAUCACCUCCAUUGCCGACUGCAGAGCCUCGACUGCACCUUUUUAUUAACUGUUUUCUGGACACGAGCAGUCAAAGUGGAAGAAUUAUUUAUUUUUUAACCACUCUGUUGGUGCCUUUGAUAAGAGCGAGGAUUUGCUACCUGAAACACCGCACACAACAGGUCUCUUGAUAUCUUGUUUUCCCCCCCUGGAUCAUGUACCAGGAAUACUCCGGGAAUUACGACACCUCGUCCCGCGGCAGCAGCACUUCUCCGGCACAGCCCGAGUCAUUUACGAGCGGCAGCAGCACCAUCGGAAGCCCGAUCUCUACCUCAACCUACCAGAAAUACAGGGUCGACAUGCCCGGCUCCAACAGUGCCUUCAUCCCCACCAUUAAUGCAAUCACAACAAGCCAAGACCUCCAGUGGAUGGUUCAGCCGACCGUCAUCACCUCCAUGUCCAACCCGUACUCCCGCUCACACCCUUACAGCCAUCACUUGAGUAAUGGGCAAGGGCUGCUGGGGCAUAACCCCUUGGCCAGGCCUGGGGUCAUCCGCUCCAUCGGGGACGCCAGAGGCCGACGCAAGAGAGACGAACAGCUCACCCCAGAGGAAGAAGAGAAGAGGAGGGUGAGGCGCGAGAGGAACAAGUUGGCCGCUGCCAAAUGCCGCAACCGCAGACGCGAGUUGACUGAGAUGCUGCAAGGAGAGACUGAGAAACUGGAAGAGGAGAAAGCCGAUCUGCAGAAAGAAAUCGAGACCCUCCAGAAAGAGAAGGAAAAACUGGAGUUCAUGCUGGUAGCCCACAAUCCCGUGUGCAAGCUGCCGAAUGAAGAUCGCCACCAUCCUCCGCCGCAUCAUCAGAACCAUCAACACCAGCAGUGCGCCCCCCUGCCCUUGACCAUGCGCCCCAACAUGGCCGCCCGGAACCAUGUCAACCACGUGGUGGUGAAGCAAGAGCCGGAUGACAUGGUGGAAGCGGUGGGCAAACCCCAGCAUUCCGUCAUCAAACCCAUCUGCCUGGGUGGGAUGUACUGUACGGACGGGGACAGUCUCAACACGCCGGUGGUGGCGGCAUCCACCCCGGCCGCCACGCCCAAUGCUCCCAACCUCAUCUUCACCUACCCUAGCAUGCUGGAACCCGACAGCCCCUCGCCCUCCUCCGAGUCCUGCUCCAAGGCCCACCGUCGCAGCAGCAGCAGCGGCGACCAAUCGUCGGACUCCCUCAACUCGCCCACGCUCCUGGCUCUGUGAUCAAAACACUGUGGUCGACGGUGAACGCAAAACACCCCAAAGCACAUUCGGAGAGUCCAGACCAAGCUGACGAUGUGAGCCACCCCCCUUUUUUUGGCAGGGAGACCCAACAAGGGCUACGCUGCGUGUUUCUUCUCGUCCCGCUUCAGUCUCCUCGGUUCAGACUCGUUCAACGUGCGUGCAGCAAACCUUUACGCGUCGCCGCUUUGCCAUUUCUACGACGGAGUAUUAGGGCCACAUAAAGAAAAAAAACAUCUAGGUCUUGGAGAAAAAAGUCGUAGUACUACAUAACUUUAUGCAAUAUUACGAGAAAAAAGUCGUAAUGUUAUGUAAUUUUACGUAAAACUACACAGGAUCAGAACUUUUUCCUGGAAAGGUGUUAUUUUACUUUUUUCAUUAUGUAUGAAUACAGUGCAACUAAUUUAGCAUGAGCUACUGCAUACUUAACAUAGCGCUUAGCCACCUCUGUUAAAAUGAACAAUAUUGACAGCAUCUUGUAAGGCUGUAUUUUUAUUUAUUUCACAAAUAAGGAAGGCUUUAAUCUUUUGGCACAUCGACAUUAAAUUAUAAUCAAUAUAAGGAUCUAUGCUUUGUUGUGGCUCCCAACCAAGGUGAAAUAACUUGCGGAGUUUUACGUAAAUUACGUAAUCUUUAGCUAAAUUAGCCGCACUGCAUCUGUACAUACUGGGGCUGGACAAAAUAAUGGAAACACCUAACAUUUUGGCAUCAUAAUCCUUGAACAUAUUUGUUAAAGAAUGGCAUGAGGUACAUUCUAAUGAAGUUGAGCAUCUCGUAUGGCCGGUGUUCAGAUGAAUAGGUAUCCCUUGUCGAAGUAGUAUCCUCGCUGUUGAUAGCAGCUUAAUGUUGGACAAAUCUACUUUACGUUUUGACACGUCUAUUUAGAUAUAUUAUUGAUAUAAUAUUAAAUGUUUAGAUACACCCACUAUAAUGUCAAUAUUCUUUCUUGAACAAUAAACACUAUUAAAACCCAGGCGACCCACAUUUUUACUGCUUAUCAGACAACGUUAACGUCCUAACGCUAAUAUCCCACAAUAUCGUCAAUAUUCUAUCGUAGUCUUUCGUGCGUACACGUAAUUGCUUACAGAGUUUAGUGGUCAAAAUAGGCACUAUAAAAUGGAGGGGUGUGGUUGUCGUGCGCAUGCCCAGUAGCACUUUGGAUAGCAAUUCGACCGGGAUACCCAUUCGUCAGAACACCGACACAAUCCCCAGACCUCAACAUCAUUGAGCAUUUAUUGUCAAUUUUAGAGAUUCAAUUAAGAUGUCGAUUUCCACCGCCAUCGUCUCUAAAAGAGUUAGAGCAGGGGUAAGCAACCAGCGGCUCUUUAGCAAUGCCCUAGUGGCUCCCUGGAGCUUUUUCAAAAAUUUUGAAAUCAGAAAAAGACGGGGGAGGGAAAUACAUUUUUAGUUGUGAUAUGGUUUCUGUAGGAGGACAAACAUGACACAUUCUUCUAAUGCAUUAAUAUUAGGGGUAUCAAACGAUUAAAAAUUUUAAUCAAGUUAAUUACAGCUUAAAAAUUAAUUAAUCGUAAUUAAUCGCAAUUAUUCGCAAUUCAAACCGUCUAUAAAAUAUGCUAUAUUUUUCUGUAAAUUAUCGUUGGAAUGGAAAGAUAAGACAAGAUGGAUAUAUACAUUCAACAUGCGGUACAUAAGGACUGUAUUUGUUUAUUAUAACAAUAAAUCAACAAGAUGGCAUUAACAUUAUUAACAUUCUGUUAAAGCGAUCCAUGAAUAGAAAGACUUGGAGUUCUUAAAAGAAAAAUGUUAGUACAAGUUAUAGAAAUUUUAUAUUAAAACCCAUCUUAUUGUUUUCGUUUUAAUAAAAUUUGUAAAAUUUUCAAUCAAAAAAUAAACUAGUAGCCCGCCAUUGUUGAUGUCAAUAAUUACUUACACAAUGCUCAUGGGUGCUGAAGCCUAUAAAAUCAGUCGCACCCAAGCGCCAGCAGAGGGCAGCAAAACUCCAUAAAACACAAUUAACAAGUGAGCGUUUCACUGUACCGUCAUUUAAAUCUGUCUGAGCGGGGCAUCUGCGUUAAUUGCGUCAAAUAUUUUAACGUGAUUAAUUUAAAAAAUUAAUUAACGCCCGUUAACGCGAUAAUUUUGACAGCCCUAAUUAAUAUUGUAUUGAACUUAAACUUUAGGCGGCAUCGUACAACAGAGUAAUCACGUGGCGCGUCAAUUGCUAUAUGAUGCACUGCAGGGAAAAUAAACAUUUACCGUAAUUUCUACACUAUACGGCGCACCUUCAAUGAAUGGCCUAUUUUAAAACCGUUUUCAUGGAUAGGGCACACUGCAUUAAGGCGCAGUAGUAGUAGGUAGUGGUUGGUGUUGCGUUAUGCAUCCACAAGAUGGAGCUGAGCUAUAUGGAAUGUCAAGUCAUGGUGAUAUACAGUAUAAGGCACAUUGGAUUGUAAGGCAAACUGUCGGCUUUUGAGAAAACUGAAUCAUUAAGGCUCAUUAUGUAUUUGUAGCCAACUUAGUCAUUUCGAUAGUAGGCAAAUAUAUCUAAUAUAGAUACAUACAGCAUGUGUUGCCUUCAUUAUCGUUAUCCAUCCUUUCAAUUUUUUGUGGCUCCAGACAAAUUUGUUUUUUGCUCCAAUAUGGCUCUUUCAACAUUUUGGGUUGCCGACCCCUAAGUUAGAGGGUAUUCUAACAGAAGAAUUGCUUAAAAGUCCUUUGGAAACAAUUCACAAGUUAUAUGAAUCAAUACCUCGGAGAAUUGACGGUGUAAUUACCGCAAAAGGCAGACCUACACUUUAUUAAAUUAGUUUUUGUUGAUUUUUUUAAGGUGUUUCCAUUAUUUUGUCCAAUCCCUGUAUUACAUAUUACAUAACUAAAAAAUAUAUAAGACUUUGAUCUCAUAUUACAUAAAAUGAUGUAACAUUAAUUUUUUUUCAUAAUCUUGACUUUCUUCUCGUAAUAUUACAUAAUUUAAUACUCUUAUAUUAAAUUUACAUAGUAUUAUAACGUUAGUUUCGUAAAUUACGAUUUUUUCUUGUAAUUUUACAUUACUUUGUUCUUGUAAUAUUAGGACUUUAAUCUCGUAAUACGACUUUAUUCUUGGAUUCCUAUUUUUUUUUUUCUCUUUCUUUGUGUGGCUCGUUCUUACUCUGUCGUACAUUUCAACUCUUAUGGUGUCAACUUGUUUACUCAAGACUCUUUACUCCCUUCAAAUCUGGCCAUUGUGAGUUCAGAUGAUUAUACAAAAUGAGUUCUUAAUAUAUAUAUAAAUAUAUAGACGAAUAUAAAAUCUAUUUUUAGAAGAAUGAAUUUAAAGCCAUGACCACUUGCACUCACUCUGCCAAGACGAAUCAACAGAUCACUAUGAAAAAGGUCACCGCAUGGGGGAGACAAAGCAAACAAUUUCUCAUCUUUAUUUUCAUGUAAGAUGAGUCCUUUUUAUUGCAAACCCAACAUACACGGACCUUGAUCAUCUCUAACUGUAUUUUAUGUGUUGAAGAAAACAAAAGUGUUUUUGAGACAUUGUAUUCUCCCUCAUCUGCCUGUAGAAAAGCAUCUUGGUCUUCUGUGUUACAAACUAAUGGCGCAUUCCUCGCGUCCUUUUGCCAACGUGGCUUGACAAUGUUAGUAUUGGUGUGCUUCACCUCAGUGGUUCUGUUCUUGAUCUAUACAACAUGUCAAAGACAAACAUGUGUAUGCUUUACAUUGAUGCCAGGGAUAUCGCUCAUGUUACCCCGUCAUGAAGAAUGCAGGCUGUGUGAUAGUCUUACCAAAGGGACAAAAGAAACAAAUGGGGCCGUUGUGCAACAUCAGGAAUUUUUCAAACAUUUCAAAGACAACGUCAAAGUUAUUCCACUGGCUCUCGCGCUUGCCCUUUUUGCCAACAUUGUGGAAAUGAAAAAGGUCUUAACUUUGUCAACACUGCCACUCAGGGCAGGCUAGGUUUAACAAAACCAAAAAAGGGUUGUUUGACACUUAUAAUCCUUUUCUUUGUGUGAGAAAAUAAGGAGAGGUUUGUGUGCUCAAAUGAAAAGAAAAAGCCACUGUGGUCCAACCAGACUGUCACCAGCUGCCAAUGAUGUCAACCCUGUUUAUACUGUUUGUAAAGGUUUUUUUAAUGUAAUUUAAAAAAAAAAAUCAAUACAAGCCUCAUUGGCUUGAAAUAAAGGAAUAGUAAUAGGA